GAAUGUUAAUAACUUAAUAGAGUCUACCAACAUGUCUGCUUUGCGGUAAACGAAAACAAUGUCUCUUUGUGACAGGCAUGUCUCAGACACAUAAAUUCUUACCUUCAUUUCCGCUUGUACCCGUAGGCAGAACAUGUGUUAGCAUUAUUUUAACAAAUAGGCGAGUACUUUAGGAACAGAAUUUAUCGAGCAAAGUUCGUUUCGAGCAAAACAGGAGGAUACCAAACCAGGUAGUUUUACAAACGUUACAAAUUUUGUUUCACGAAUUUAAAAUGGAUCGGGAUUUAAGUCAGCAACUGGUCAAGGACCAUCUAAGCAAUGGAACUGGACAAGAAACGUGGUUGAUCCCAUUCGGUGUAACUGUUGCACUAGCGCUGGGUGUAAUAGUUGUAAUGAUACUUCACCACUUCGUAAAGCAAUACAGGCGAAACCCGGAAACGGACGAGGAACGUAGUCAUCAAGGGUAUAAAGAAGCCACCACGGACAGCGAUGAAGGCAUCGCUUUCACAGCUGUUCGAGACGAAACUGAUUCCCGGAAUACUGUGCCCGUGCAAAUUGUGGGAUCCCAGGAACACAACAGUCGUUUGGUCGUUGAGAGCAGACGCGUCGAAGUUCAUUCUGGUUGGUCAGCUCCACCACCAGAUUAUAGCAAUGUACCAAACUUGUUGAACAUGCCAUCUUCCAAUUUAUAAUGUCACUAUGCUUGUGUUAGAACCGUUCUAUUGUAGCUGCUUUAAUCGUUGCACAUAGUUUGGUCCCCGAAUGCGUUAGGUUCAAAUUAGGGUCCAAAUUUAGGUUUUGGUGACCAGUUUCAGUGGUACGUUUUCCAUUUUUUAGCACAAGUUAAAAUUGCUUGAGGUAUAGUAUAUAGUUCUGUCAUAUUGUGUCGCACAAUGUACCACCCCUGAAAUUACUUCGAAACGCUUUUCGUAUUGUUUUAUCACUUUGCUAUAUUCAUCUUUAUUGUGCUUUUCAUUGUUUGUUAACAUUCUUAGUGCUAAUUUAUUUAUUUGAUUUGUGUUAUCUUGCUUUCGUCCCAUCGCUUAGUUAAUGCUGCGGUGUUGCCUAUAGGCUACAUACGAGAAACACGAUGAUACCACAAUAAACGCCAAUCUACGUAGUGUA